AAGGCCGUAACCUUGACGGAUGUUUUAUCAGUGAAGAAAUCAUGACCAUACUUGUUGAAAUUUCUUCCAAAAGUUGGAUCAAGUGUGCUAGUCUUGUUAUCCUGACAUGCCAAACUUCCUGCUUGAUUUUAUUAAUGCGUGCUUCGCGAACACAGCAAGACACCGAAUUAUAUAUGACUUCAACAGUCGUCCUGUGUAGCGAAUUCUUAAAACUCUUGCUGUCUGCGUGUUUAGUAGUAUUUCGAGAAGGUAACCUUCAACAUGGUCUUUCAUUAAUGUACACUCAAAUCUUUAUUCAAUACAAGGAUACAGUACAAAUUCUUAUUCCAUCAACACUGUAUGUUAUCCAGAAUAAUCUGUUGUAUUUUGCUAUAUCACGAUUGAAUGCUGUUUUAUAUCAGAUACUUUAUCAGAGUAAAAUUUUCACUACUGCUGUAUUCAUGAUAAUAUUAUUGAAUCAACGUUUGCGUUCACUUCAAUGGUUCUCUCUGCUACUGCUGAGUGCAGGCAUUGUCUUAACACAGUUACCUUCAACGAAUGAUUCAAAGUCAAAUGGUAUUUCUUCGCCUAGCUUAUAUGGAUUCGGAGCAAUUUUACUGGCUUCAGUCACUAGUGGUUUUGCUGGAGUAUACCUGGAAAAAAUGUUUAAAGGAACACCUACUUCAAUAUGGAUGCGAAAUCUUCAGUUAGCUAUUUGUGGUGUACCGAUUAGUUUGUUUGGCGUCUAUAUGAACGAUGCAGCCAAGGUGAAAAGCCUUGGUUUCUUUCAUGGUUAUACGCCUAUAGUAUGGAUUGUUAUCAUACUUCAAGCAUUUGGUGGAUUGGCGAUAGCAUUUGUAAUGAAAUAUGCUGACAAUAUUUUGAAAAGUUUUUCUAUGGGUUUAUCUGUGAUUCUAUCGACGCUUAUUUCCUACUUUGUAUUCGAUGACCUCACUCCGAACAUAUAUUUAUUCCUCGGAUCCACGCUAGUCAUCAGUGCCACUGUGCUUUAUGGUCUUCCAGCCAAUUAUUGUAGUUCAACUGCUGCCUCUACUACAAGCUCAGAUGUAAAUAAGGUGACAAUUUAACCGGUUGGAUUGGAGAUUACGAGAAACAGAAUAAAGAAUAGAAAACUUAGUCCUUAUUAUUAAUAACUGUAAAAAAAUUAUAGAACCUUCUCAAAUCUGUAUAUUU